AAAUUUAUUUUUCUUUUUGAUUUAUGUGUCAUUGCAGCCCACGUGGCGUCUCUGGGGCGAGGAGCACGAGAAGAAUGCCAUUUUCACUGUCUACCUUAAAAAGGUGCGCUAUCAUCGACCAACACCCACGGCGAACAAUGAUUCGGACGACGAAAUUAGCCACCUGGAAUGGGAAACGGUGAGAGUGCGCUUCGUGAAGGCGGCCACAUUGUCGCGACUGGUCGAGGCGUUAGCCACCGACGAUGGUGAAUUGGAGUCAACAUUCAUCAAUGUAUUUCUCUCUACAUAUCGCACCUUCUCUACACCCAAAGAGGUGCUCGGUCUGCUCAUACGACGCUAUGACACACUCAACGACAAACACCUGCAAGAGAUCGAAGAACAUCAACAACUCGACGAUGUCAGCUACGAUCCGGCGGCGUCCAUACACGAACAGCACAAGAAAACUCUAGUCUCUGCGUUGCAUGUGUGGUUGGAUGGCUUUCCGGAGGAUUGGAAUGAGGAUAGCCUGCGGCAGAUAUUAACGUUUGCGUCAAAGCGGCUGCCGCGCUCAGAGUUGCAUGUGAAGGUAUUGCAUCGACUGGAGCGCAUACUGCGACAGCAGGUGUAUGGUGAGGGUAGCAUGCCACCUUGGCUGCCGAGCAGCAUGGGCGCGAAUGCAAAUGGCAGUGGCAUGAAUAUGAGUAUGAGCGUGGGUCUGCUGCCGCAACACUACAAUGCAGAAUUCACAGAACAAUUUGCGGGGCUCUGCUUGGCGCCGGCGUUUCGUGGCCCGACUCACUUCUUGCAGGCAUUCCGCUUUCCACACGUACCGGUGCGACAUUUCGCCGAACAGCUGACGCGAAUGGACUCGGAGCUGUUCAAGCGGCUGAUACCACACCAAUGUCUGGGGGCGACGUGGGCGCGACGCGAUAAAAGCGGCUCAGAAACAGUCGUGGCUACGAUAAAUCAAUUCAAUGCUGUACUCUUUAGGGUUAUUUCUAGUAUACUAAUUGAGCCAAGACUUAAACCACAGGAACGUGCUUUAAAUAUUGCCACCUGGAUUGAUAUUGCGCAAGAAUUGCGGUUGCUAAAGAACUUCUCUUCGCUGAAGGCGAUUAUUUCGGGCUUGCAGUCGAAUCCUAUUUACAGACUUUCAAAAAUAUGGGCAGUGCUACCCAAAGAAAAGAUGGAGAUUUUCAGUGAACUUGCCAGAAUAUUUUCGGAGGACAACAAUGCUUGGGCGCAGCGUGAGGUACUCAUGCGUGAGGGCACUGCGAAAUUCGCCGAUACGGUGGGUGAGCACGAUCGCCAUCUGCAGAAAAUCAUACAGAAACAAAGCACGCAGACGUCGCACGGCACUAUACCUUACCUGGGUACCUUCCUCACCGACCUGACAAUGAUACAUGCCGCCAUACCGGAUACGAUAGGCGAACACCAGCUCAUCAAUUUCGACAAGAAGCGCAAAGAGUUCGAAGUACUGGCGCAAAUUAAACUGCUACAGGGUGCCGCCAAUACGUACAACCUGCGCGAUGAUCCAAACUUCGAUCGUUGGUUCGCCUCAAUGCUGGUGCUGGACGAGCGUGAAGCGCAUACACUCUCCUGCCAACUCGAGUCGCCCCCACCAGCGCCGCGCAAGUCCACUGCCUCAAUUAAUACAUCGCUCACGAACACGACGAUCUCAUCGAACUCCAUGGGCGUCGGUGGUGUCGGCGGCAAUGGUCACCGCAAGACUGACUCGAUAGCCUCGAAUUCGAGCAGUGGUGCCGGAUCGCAGUUCUAUUGCGAGCUGAACAACAGCUACAGUUCGCACUAUAGCUCGCGGCACAAUUCACUCGAUCGCGAUGCGCAGGCGCCGAAUGCGUCACUGCUGUCUGCAUCGAGCAGCGUGUCGAAUCUUUCGAUGGACUCGAGUAAUUCGGGUGGACAGAAGUCGAAUACGAAAAUGUCACAUUCACAUUCGACAAAUGGCGUACGUGGUAGCGCGGCGGGACACAACAACUCGCAGCUGAAUGUUGGCUCGCCGAUUAUCAACGCACAGCUGGUGCAAUCGCCGGGAGCGAAGACCAACAAUGCGCCCGAUUUUUACAUCAUACGCGUGACGUAUGAGACGGAGAACGUGGAGUUGGACGGCAUCGUGCUAUAUAAGAGCAUAAUGCUGGGCAACAAUGAGCGCACGCCGCAGGUCAUACGCAACGCGAUGAUGAAGCUCGGCCUCGAGGCGGAUCCCGAGCAGUAUACGCUGGCACAGGUGCUACCCGACAAGGAGUUGGUAAUGCCGAAGAAUGCGAAUGUCUACUAUGCGGUGAAUACGAACUUCAAUCUGAAUUUUAUAUUGCGGCCGAAGAAGAAAGAUGCCAGCACCAAUGGCAGCUAGUGUUGUGGGAGGGGAGAAAUGGAGUGCGUGUACCGUUUUAAGCUCGUUUUUUUUUUCGACCGCUUUGGUGCUUCAGGCGAGUUGGAA